AUGAAAGAUCCUCGGGCUUUGAAGCGGAGAAGAGUCUCCGAAGAACCCGUCGAAGACGGUGACGGAGACGUUGCAAUGGAAAGCGACGCUGGGUAUUCAUCUCCAGCGGCCGCUGACGACUCCGAGGAAGACGAAGACUAUCGCGGACCCCGAAAAUCAGCCUCACGACGUCGAUCUACUCGAGGCGGAAACAACAAGGUACCGACCGGCCUGGAGGAUGAAAGUGCACAACAACCAGAAACACCCUCAAGGGGCACACGCUCAAGCGGUCGCCAACGCAAAACUCCUGCAAAGUACGAAGACGAUGCCCCGACCCCAUCUUCGACUCGCAAGGCAGCUGCCACACCACGAAGUACCCGGGCGACGAAGAGUGCGCCGAAGACGAGACAGAAGUCGGCGGCGGACGAGUCUGAUCUUGAUGUUGAGAUGGAGUCUCCGAAACCCACAGCUUCGGUUUCUAGGACCAGAUCUCGACGGAGUACUGCUAGAGGGAGGACACAGCGCGUCGCAGACAAUGAGGAACUCGACAGAUCUGCGUCACCGGAAUAUCAUGACGGUCUGGAUGAUCUCGUCGCCAUGCAACUUCAGCAAGAUCUUCAAAGCCAGCCGGAGGCGCAAGAAGUUGUCGAGGUCAUCGAGGAGGAACCUCUUCCUGAGUACGUCGAGAGAAUGCAAAAUCUCUGCAAGGAUGGCUAUCACGAUGAGAUUCGCGCUCUUUCUACGGCCGUUCUGGAGAAACUCUCUGGCAAACGACAGAUCCCCCUUCAUGGACUUGAAGCCGAGUAUAACAAAGCCAACCACUUGAUCGAACAGACCGUGACAGUUGGCGAGGGAAACUCGAUGCUUCUUCUCGGCUCGCGUGGGUGCGGGAAAACAGCCAUGAUCGAAACGAUCAUUUCUUCACUUGCAAAAGAACACAGCAAUGAGUUCCAUGUCGUUCGUCUGAAUGGCUUCCUUCACACCGACGAUCGCCUUGCUGUUCGUGAGAUGUGGCGUCAACUUGGCCGUGAGACUAACACCGAGGACGACACUGCUAAAGUGAGCUCUCAUGCCGACACUAUGGCAACUCUAUUGGCUCUUCUGUCUCAUCCUGAAGAGUUGUUUGGCGCUGCAGGGAAUGGGAGCGCUGUGACGGCGGCGAAGUCCAUUAUCAUCUUGCUGGACGAGUUUGAUCUAUUCGUCACGCAUCCCCGACAGACUUUGCUAUAUAACCUGUUCGAUAUCGCCCAGGCACGAAAGGCGCCUAUCGCAGUAAUCGGGUUGACUACCAAGGUUGAUGUAACGGAGAUGCUGGAGAAGAGGGUCAAGAGUCGGUUCAGUCAUCGAUAUGUCUACGUUCCGCUCCCAAGAACCUACGAUAUCUUUUCGGACAUCUGCAAAGCGAGUCUGGAUUUGAACGAGGACGAAGCCCAGCAGAUCACAGGCAUUCUUAGCUCUGAAAAUACCGUUCUGGAUAGCAAACGCUGGGAAACACUGCUUGGGGGGGGGAAAGAAUAUUUGAAGCACAUGUGGGAGGACAAAGACUUCCAAUUCCACCUCAAGAGGAUAUACAACCAGACCAAAUCUGUAAAGGAAUUCCUCACCAGCGCAAUCCUCCCCAUAACCGACCUCCACCUCAGCACCCACGGCGUCGACAAACCGUCCGUCAAAAUUCCAACACCAAAGCACUUCAGCUCCCAAGCCCUCUCUUGUCCCGACCCAGCCCCACUCCCAUUCUCAACAUCCGUCUCAGCCUCAUCAAGCUCCUCGUCCCUCCCACUGGCCCUACUAGUAGCCGCCACCCGCCUGGCCGCUCUCUUCGACCCUGGAAACGAAGGCAUGCAAGCACAGAACUUCUGCCUCUGUGUCUGGCGCGGCGGCUACGGCUGGUCGGGUCUGGGGAGAGAUGUUUCGAGAGAAGCGUGGGAGAAAUUGGUUACUUGGGGCCUUGUUACUCCUGUUGGUUCUGGGAAUGGUACUGCUGAUGGACAGAUGUUCCGGGUGGAGAUUAGUUAUGAGGAGGUUAUUGAUAUGGCUGGUUCUGGUGGCUCAUUGGGACAAUGGUGGCGGGAUGGUUGA